GUUACUUCUGGGAGAAUGAGGAACUCGAUAGCGACGUCUGGUGGCCACACGAACCCAACAGGAUCGGGGCUGGGUGUAUGACCGUCAGCGACACCUGCCGGCCUCUACGCAUGAGCAGAGAGAGAGCGGUGUCAAAGGUCAGGGACCGCCAUGACGUCAUGGACCACUGCUGUACAGACAGAGAGCAUUUCCUCUGUUCGGACAUAGACGAGUGUAGUGAGAACCUCCACCAUUGUCCCCCACACAGCGAGUGUAACAACACACUAGGAAACUACACAUGUCUCUGUCACACAGGAUUUACUCAAAUAGCAUACAACACGUGCCAAGAUAUUGACGAGUGUAGUGAGAACCUCCACCAUUGUCCCCCACACAGCGAGUGUAGCAACACACUAGGAAACUACACAUGUCUCUGUCACACAGGAUUUACACAGUCAGGACACAACGCGUGUCAAGACAUAGACGAGUGUAGUGAGAACCUCCACCAUUGUCCCCCACACAGCGAGUGUAACAACACACUAGGAAACUACACAUGUCUCUGUCACACAGGAUUUACACUCACAGCCCACGACACGUGUCAAGACAUAGACGAGUGUAGUGAAAACCUCCACCAUUGUCCCCCACACAGCGAGUGUAACAACACACUAGGAAACUAUACAUGUCUCUGUCAUACAGGAUUUACACUCACAGCACACGACACGUGUCAAGACAUAGACGAGUGUAGUGAGAACCUCCACCAUUGUCCCCCACACAGCGAGUGUAACAACACUCUAGGAAAUUACACAUGUCUCUGUCACACAGGAUUUACGUUCACAGCACACGACACGUGUCAAGGUGUGAAUGGGUCCACGGCCAUUGGUAGAGAAAUAUAA